UUUAAUUUAAACGUAAAUCUUUUUCAUUCCUUGUCAUACAAAGCUUUAAAGGGUACUUUCGUGGUUCGGAAAUGCCCCUCUGUAAAUGAAGGGUGACUUGUAAUUAUGCAUACAGUCCCUUUAGGGGUUUUCUAACAGCAAGGUAUUCAGGCAAAAUGACAGGAUUGUUGGAAACUUCAAGUUUGUUUAAAGUAUUUGAAAGUUUUACUGUUUUUAGGCAAAAUGACAGGAUUGUUGGAAACUUCAAGUUUGUUUAAAGUAUUUGAAAGUUUUACUGUUUUUAGGCAAAAUGACAGGAUUGUUGGAAACUUCAAGUUUGUUUAAAGUAUUUGAAAGUUUUACUGUUUUUUCCGCGCUAGUGAUUCACAGGAUAGGGAAUAGAGGAUCACAGGUAUGGUUUGGAACGAUAGAUUUCGAGAUGAAUUAUAAAUCUGUUCCUGCUGAGACGGAUGCUGAGAUUGUUGGCUGUGGGAUCCUCACCUGCAUGGCGAUCGUAACUCCGAUGAUCCUGAUCAGUUAUCUCAUGCAGGGCCGAGACGUGAUCCAAUCUACAGUUAUGGAUAUCGCGUUCUCCUUCAUAGCUGCAGCUCUUCUCAUGUGCGCAGGAGGCAUGGCAUGCUUCACGUAUAACAGUGUGUUCGCAUUAUCUGGACCACCAGUCAUCUCUAAUGCUUCAAUGACAAGGAAAGAGAUCAGAGUAGCUGCAUCUAUGGGAGUAACUUGUAUUGCAGCAAGUCUUAUCUAUGUUGCUGAUUUCUUCUGGUUACUUAUGCAACGUUCUGCAUUUCUAAGAGAGUAUUGAACCAUAGGCAUUUGCCAUUCUGUGUUGCGCGCGCAUGCCCCGUAAAAUUCCAAAACAAAGAGAGGGGGAUUGAAUUUUGUAGAUCCCGAAAAAUGAUAUUUGUGGGAUGC